CGACACUCGAGGUAAAAAUUCACAAGACAUCUGAUUGUCAAAUGUUGGGUUGCUCCGUAUUUUCACGUGAUCUCAACUAGAUACAAUUUUGCAAAAAAUACAGCAAAUUUUCCAAAGAUGAGUGCACUUAGGGGCAUUUUAUUUUGUGCGGCAGUGCUGCUCGUUUUUAAUUUAGUUGAAUCGACCGAAUUUGUCCCUUGUUUCAUUUGGUCAAAUAAAAGAACCGGUGAUAAAGUACCAGCACUAAAUAAAAUCAGUCAGGAUGUCUUCAAAGAGGGAAUGGAGAGACAUUUAAAAGAUGAUUCAAUUGAUUUGAUUGUAGUAUACGCAGAAGAAACCUUGAGCCCCGAAGACUUUGCUCAGCGUGACGAUGCAGGUGUCGCUUUCCCUAAUUUAGCUAAAAUUUCGAAAACCACCAAAGCAUCCUACCUGCCUAACGUGCAGAGACCCAUCGAGGCACUCGACCACCUUGACGCCACUGUAACGCAAGUGUCUGUCGACAAAUUGGACAAAGGCCUAGACAUUUCCGAGACUGAUGUACUUAUCGUAAAUCUUAUCGAUGCCGAAGACGAUGAAAACAGAAUCGACAUGUUGAGACGUCACGAUAGCAAAAUUGCUUCGUCCUACGAAGAAUUCUCGCGUUCCGGAAAGAACAUUUUGUGCAUUUACACGAGCCGUCAUUCAUCCUGGUUAGCUUCCGAAGCAGUCGAAUCGAGACAAAAGCGAUCGUUGUUGCAAGUUGAAGAAAAUGCUGAAUCUGAAAAUGGUACCAAAGUCGAGGGUAAACCCAGAGCUGAUGUUCCUGCAAGGGCGGGAGAAUCCCCGUUUUGGUCGGGUCCUCAAUACCUUAUCUACAUGACUGAAUUAGCUUACGUCACUAAAACCGAAAGUAAAACAGCUACUGGCGUUACAGUUAGUGUAACUCCCGAAGGCGAGAGUGAAAAAUAUACAGUAACAAUCAGUGCAACUAAACCAGCGAUGAGCUUAAAGAUGGUUUUCCAAAAUUUGACACAAGAAGGCUAUUGGACAAUGACAAACAAAAUCAAUGGCACUUUUGAGUCGAAGGAUGUCACUUUUACUUCUGGAUCGCCUGUGGAGGUUCGGAGUAAAUUCUCAUACCAUUGUGGUGACCAUGUGUUUACCAGUGACUCUGCUAAAGUAACACUUAAAAAUUUCCAGAUCCAAUUGUACUUCGCUGGUAAAGCUCCUACCAAUAAUAAAUUCAACGAUGCAUACGAUUGCGUUGGUUUCACUUCGGUCCCGAUUUGGUCUGGAAUUUUCGUUACAACAAUUUUACUAAUAAUAAUGUCCAUUGGUAUUACCAUGAUGAUGGACAUUAGAACAAUGGAUAAGUUCGAUGAUGCUAAAGGCAAAACGAUCACUAUCAAUGCCGAGUAAUUUCAAUCUUUCAUCGAAGCUGUUUUGCUAAGCUCGAAUCAAGUAGCCAACGUUUGUUCACCUAGCAAAAUUUUGAUACAAUGUCAAAAAACUAAUUAAAAGAACACUAGUACAAAAUAUUAAAUAGUAAAUCAAAACGAGUCUGGCUUAGCAUUAUUAGCUGAUAGCAACAUGAAAUAAUACUUAAAUACAGCCUUCCCCAAAAAGUACUAGCUCAGUAUUCCACCCGUAAGAUUUUUAUCCAAAGAUGAAGGCUAUUGUGAUAACUAAGCUUUUAUUUUUUAUGUCAUCUUGAAUAUCGAUCUUAUUUGGGUGUUGUACUGUAGGCCUAACUGCCUCUAUUCCUUCUUCUAUUUCCCUUGGACUUUCCCUUAAAAAUAUUUUCUUUCGAGCCAUUCUAGGAAGGUGUCACCACGGAAUGUCCGAUUACGUAUCAUUUCAUGCUUGGAAAUUUAUAAAGUGCUGUAGUUUGUAUUGUUUUAAUUAGUGAAAGUCAAAUUUUGUUUCCGCCACUUAAUGUGGCAAUUAAUUGUUGAAUUAAAGGAAAUUGUUAACUUUAUUGGUUUUAUUUAUAGUCAAUGAUCAGUAAGUACACAGCUAUUUUAUAAACUUCCACCAAGUCAAAUUAUAUUCAGAUAAAGAAUAAUGAUAAAUGCUUUGGAAACAAGUUUAAUUUUAAGUAAUUUUAUGUAUUCUCUUGAAGCCUAAUUUUGUUAAAAUCGUUUAUCAUUAUUCAUUAUGUGAUUUUUAGCAAAGUCCGAAAGUAUAUUAAAAAUCGUAUAAAAGUUGUGAAAUAAGGCUUUGUACAGUCAAUUUUAAUUACGCAACACAUUUAAACGCCUAGAUUUUAGACUUAGAUUAUUAUCACAACUUUUAUUCGGGUGAAUAUAAAUAAUCGUCAGUAUUUACGUACCCAUGUUCGCAUCUAGAAACAUUUCUGUAAACAUGUCAGAUAUUUGUUAAUACCAUAUUCGAUAUUAACCAAUAUUUCCAUACAUAUAUCCUAUUAUAAUAAACAAUAAUCUGUGUGAAUAUUCGAUGUAUAUGUGUUCUGAAAUGUUGAAUGUUAAAUGUAUUUGAGAUGGGUACUGUAUCAGCAACAUAAAUAAACUGAAUUGUAUCUAAAAAAACGAAUUAACUAUUGUCCAUGAGAUUUAGAAAAUUAUCCUACCUAUAUACAAUUUACAUUAUAUAUGACAAUAGUAUUUUUAUUAUCUUUUGGAUUUAUAUAAACCUAGAAACUUGUUGUUCAAGUAGUAGUACAAUAAUUGUUGAAGAAAACUGUAGCCUUGACGUUGUUAAUAAAAUUAGGGUAUUUGAAAAAAGCUUUUGGCCUAUUUUGUGUAUUAGGUCCGCACUAUUAAAAAAAUACACUAAUUUUGUAGGGAUGUAUCUUGUUUGUUAUACCAUUAUUUUGUAAAUAAAAUCACAUUAUACCCCUGUUAUUGUAUAGUAAUAUUUUAAAAGUGGCCUUCUUUCUAUUGUCCAUUCGAUUUCUUUCUUUGACCAAACUUAGCUUUUUGGUUAAACUCAAACUCCAAAGGUGAAGGGCUUAUUUAUCCAUUUAUUUGUAGAACUCGUUUUAUUUGUACAUACGUGGUCCUGUAGAUCAAUUCAGUACCAUUUAAUCUGUUGCCAAACAGUGUAGAUUAUGUCAUGAAUAAAUUAUUCUAAAGGAA